AUGAAAGGUCACUAUUUGUUGUUGAUUCUUUUAAAUAUUUAUAUUAAUACAACGACUUAUGGUCUUACAUGCUACGAAUGUAUUUGUUCUGGAGCGACACCUGAUUGCUCAUGUACUUCGCCAACGAGCAAUAAUGACAGUGAUGCAGUUUGUGUUAUUAUACGAGACAAUUCUGAUAAUUCAGCUAACACUGACGAACACUUAAGUCUUAUUAAAAGAAACGAAACAGAGACUUAUAUUGAAAAUUCAUAUUUUGUACUAAUGAAAGAAUCCAUACAAUAUAACGAUACGUCGGAAAAAUGGAUACCGCGGCCAGAUACUGUUAUAUUUGGAUGUGACUGGGAUAUGUGCAAUAAUCCAAAUCUAACAACGUUGUUACCAUCAACGAUACAAAUGUCAUUACCUUCGGAUUGGUUAAACGAAAAUAUACUUGACACGAAAAAGAAUGUAACAUAUUGUGAUUGUCACCAUUGUCCUAAUUCUUCCACAUGUGGUAAUUCAACAGAUUUUGACAUAAGUAGAUGUCCUAACAAAGUUGAUUGUAAUAGUACAUGUAAAUUAAGCCAAGUCUACCGAGAACCACAUAGUGAUCCAUAUUGUUAUAAAUCGGAAUGUCUACCAGUAUCGUCUUUACAAGAUUCGCCUCGAGUAGAAAUAACGGCCAUUUACUAUUUUGACCAAUCAUCAUCACCAACGUACGACGCAUUUAAUAUACCGGAAUUCAAUAUUUUUUGUCGUGCCGAUAAUUGUAGUCGUCCAGAAAUAUUUACUGAAUUCCGAGACAAAUUUACCUACAAUAUUAGUAAUUUAGAAGCUUUUAUGAAUCUUCGGCCCUCAGCAACUACCUCAGUAUUCGAUUCAUCCACAGUAACAUCAGAAGCACCAACUACCUCAACAGGGACACCAGGAGCAGCAACUACCUCAACAGGGACACCAGGAGCAGCAACUACCUCAACAGGAACAUCAACAGCAGGAACUACCUCAACAGUAACAUCCGCAGCAUCAACAACCUCAACAGGAACAUCCGCGGAAGCAACUACCUCC